AGGUGGCUUGCUCUCCUUUUCCGGGGCGCCUCCCAUCUGUUUGAUCAAAGAGAGAGAGAGGAUUGCAAGACAACAAAUAAACUAUAAUCAGAAAUAAAAAGAAACCCUCUCCUUCUCUUAGUCUUCCCUAUUUCCUGAUAACUUCCCUUUUGCACACAAACCCAAACUUUGGUUUUCCUUCUUGGGUUUGUGUAUCAAGUUUUCGUCCUCAUUUUUGUUCAAUUCCAAGUUUUUCUGAGGUACCAUUUUGUUGAAGAAUCAACUUUCAAGGUGUACCUAUCGUUUCCUUUCUUGGAUUUUAGAUUCCUAAACAGGCAAUUUUACACUUGACAAAAUGUUUGGAUUUAUGAGACCUAGGCAGAAGUCAGUGGACCCACCAGCUGCUUCUGGUGGUUCCACCCCAUGUGAUUCUGACACUGAAGAUAACAGGAAUACUACUACACCUGCUAGAAGAACUGCUUCUGAGCCUGUGCUCUUGGUCCCAGAUUUCAACGAUGAUGACCAUGGAAGAAGAAAGCAAACUUCAGCAUCCACAAGGCCAUCGCCAGCAAGAGAUCGAGAUAGGUACAAGAAUGAUUUCCGCGACUCUGGAGGACUACAGAACCAGACUAUGGAAGACCUGGAGAAUUAUGCUGUUUACAAGGCUGAGGAGACAACAAGUACUGUUAAUAACUGCUUGAAGAUUGCUGAGAAUAUCAGAGAGGAUGCUACAAGGACACUUGAUACUUUGCAUCAACAAGGAGAGCAAAUUGAAAGGACCCACGCCAUGGCUGUUGACAUAGAUAAGGAUUUGAGUAAGGGUGAGAAGCUUUUGAAUAGUCUGGGCGGCAUGUUUUCUAAGCCUUGGAAGCCAAAGAAGACCCGAGAUAUUACAGGGCCUGUAGUCACCUCAGAUAAGUCAUCCAAGAAAAGUGAAAACCAUAAGGAGCAGAGAGAAAAGUUGGGUCUGGCUCCUGUACCUAAAGCUAAGCCAGGAAGUAAGACGCUUCCUCCUGAACCAACUAAUGCCAUACAGAAAGUUGAGCUUGAGAAGGCAAAGCAAGAUGAUGCACUCUCAGAUCUAAGUAACAUCUUGGGUGAUCUCAAGGGCAUGGCUGCGGAGAUGGGAUCUGAACUUGACAGACAAAAUAAAGCUCUUGAUCAUCUUCAUGAUGAUGUGGAUGAACUGAACUCUCGAGUGAAAGGUGCCAAUCAGCGAGCACGUAAUUUGCUUGCCAAGUGAAAGGUUACAGAGCUUUACCAAAUUUUGCUUUCCAUGCCUGUAUUUAGCAGUCUUUAACUAACAUUUUCAUUUUUUUUCCCAUUUUUUCCCUCCCAUCGGACCAAACAUUUGUCAUUCCGAAUUUACUCCAUUGGUUUGAAUGG